AUGCUUAGAUUUCUCUGCAAAAGCUUAGAGUUAUGCCGUUCCAAUAGAGUUAAUUUAUCGGUUCGUAAAGGAUUACCCUAUUUUCAUGAAAACCCUUCCAUAUUAUCAUGUCUCAGAAACAUUUCAUCAGUGAAUACAGAUGAUAUAAAAGAACAGUCCUUUACAGUCUCAUACCUUACGAACAAGUGUGGGUUCUCUCUAAAAUCUGCUUUCGAAGCUUCUAAAAAAGUCCAUUUUGAAACUCCAGAUAAACCUGAUUCUGUUCUUGAAGUUUUCAAGAACCAUAGCUUCUCAAAAGUCCAUAUUUUGAACCUAGUGAGGAGGCGCCCGAAAGUGCUUUUGUCUGACCCUCACAAAACACUUCUGCCCAAGCUUGAAUUUUUCCAAUCUAAAGGUUUUUCAAGCGCCGAUGUCGUCAAAAUCAUAUCAACCUACCCAUGGAUUUUGAGAUGUAGCUUGGAAAACCAGUUAGUCCCUGUUUUUGAUUUCUUUGAAAACUUUCUCCAAUCCGAUGCCAUGGCUAUCAAAGCAAUCAAAUGUGCUCCUUGUAUUCUAAAUGUUAAAGUUGAAAGCUGGGCGCGUAUUGUUGAUGUUUUACGAAAAAAUAGAAUCCCUAAAAGUAAUAUUGCUCUGAUGUUUCGUUACCGGCCUUCUAUUAUGAUUUCAAAUCUGGGGAGUCUUGAAAAGCUUAUAAAGGAAGUGACUCUAAUGGGAUUUAAUCCUUCCAAGAGUCAAUUUGUUUUAGCAAUUAUUGUUCUGAGGUCCAUGAGCACUUCCAUAUGGGACAAAAAGAUUGAUGUGCGUAGGAGAUGGGGUUUGUCUCAAGAAGAAAUUCUCGCAGCAUUUGUAAAGAAUCCAUGGUUUAUGGCCUUAUCUGAAGAGAAGGUCAUGGGAGUGAUGGAUCUUUUUGUGAACAAAUUGGGUUGGGAGUCUUCCUAUAUUGCCAAAAAUCCUACAAUUUCAUCAUAUAGCUUGGAGAAAAGGCUGAUCCCAAGGGCUUUGGUCUUGCAAUUUUUAAUUUCUAAAGGUUUGAUAGAGAAGAGUUUCAGAAAUGCUGCAUUCUUCUCUACGACAGAAAAUCAGUUCCAGCAGAGGUUCAUAGAUCACCAUGCUGAAUCUACCCAGAUAUUAAAAUUUUACAAGGAAAAACUGAAUCUUUCAUCGGUGGUAAAGCCUUCUAAAUUGUAA